GAAAGGAAAGAAAAUAUCUGCGUAAUCUUCAAUAUGGUAUCUUUAUUCUUGUGCUCCUAGAUUUCCAUAUUCUUUAGCAUUUAUCUCUAUAGAGAUUACUUGCAUCUCUUAGGACUUUAAUUCUUGAUUCUUGUGAUUUGUUUGAUUGAUUCUCACUUUGAAUUGCUAUUUGAUUCUCGAUUGUUCUUGAGUUCAAUUAAGAGUGAAAAGAAGAUACAACGAGCGGAAAAAGGCAGAGUGGUGAGAAUAUAAGAGGGUAAAAGCCGAUUGAGUGUUAAACACGAGUGUGAGUGACAUCAUAUUGAGGGAAACACGUGAGGGAGUGUUUGUGAGGUUUUUAAUAAUAUCUUGCAGAUCUCGUAACAUGUCACAAAACGGAGGAGAUAAUUCAACUGAAGAGGGGCAACAACCAGGCAUUUCAAAGUUCCAAAUGCAAGCAUUGGUGAGCGAGAUGAGGCGGGUGAUGAGAAUGGAGAUGGAGCAAAUUCAUGAAAGGAUAGACAAAUUGGAAGAGGAGACAACAAAGAGGCAGCCCCCGCCUAGGCGAGUGCAACCAAGGGCACAAUGCGGUGAUGCUGUAGAUGAAGAAGAAUUAGAGGAACUCGAUGAACGUCCAAUGAACGGAGGAAGGUUUGAACGUGGGUAUAGAGGUGCGAACAAUGGAAGAAGGCCUAGGCAAGAUGACGAUUUGGGAAGCAUCAAGGUGACGAUUCCGCCAUUUCAAGGCCGAAACGACCCGGAGGCUUAUCUAGAAUGGGAGAAGAAGAUAGAAAUGGUCUUCGAAUGUCAUAACUACUCCGAAAACAAAAAGGUAAAGCUUGCUGCAAUUGAAUUCACUGAUUAUGCUAUUAUUUGGUGGGAUCAAUUGUUGAAGGAAAGGAGGAGAAAUUACGAGCAACCUGUUGAAACAUGGGAUGAGAUGAAGGCCAUCAUGAGGAAACGUUUCAUUCCAAACUACUACCAUAGAGAGUUGUUCAACAAGUUACAACGCCUAACUCAAGGAUCGAGGAGCGUCGAUGAGUACCACAAAGAGAUGGAAGUUGCUAUGAUCCGAGCAAGUGUACAAGAAGAUAGGGAAGCUACCAUGGCUAGAUUCUUACAUGGCUUAAAUCGUGAAAUAGCAGAUGUUGUGGAGAUGCAACACUAUGUGGAAUUGACGGAUAUGGUGCACCAAGCUAUCAAAGUCGAACAACAACUGAAGCGGAGGAAUUUGGCUAGGAAGGGAACGGGUGCAAUCACUUCAAAUUCGUGGAAGGCAGCACCUAAACGGGAUGAAUGGCCAUCAACCAAACCUAAAUUCGAACCUUCUAAGGAUGCCAAACCAGCGACAACAUUCAAACAAGGUAACACCGAACCCUCCACUUCUAAGAAUCGAGAUAUGAAAUGUUUCAAGUGCCAUGGCAGGGGACACAUAGCUAGUGAGUGUCCUAACAAAAAGGUUAUGGUGCUAAAUGCCCAAGGGGAGAUCGAAUCGGAGGAUGAAAAGGAAGACGAGGUAGAUGAGCUGCCAUCUUUUGGAGAUACAUACGAAGGGCAAUAUGCUGCAGAGGGUGAGUUAUUAGUGGCAAGGCGAGCUCUUAGUGCACAAGGUAAAGAAGAAGAGAACAAUCAACGAGAAAACUUAUUUCAUACUCGUUGUUUUGUAAAUGGUAAGGUUUGCAGCGUUAUUAUUGAUGGUGGGAGCUGCACUAAUGUUGCAAGUACUGAAUUAGUUGAGAAAUUGGGUUUGCCUACCUUGAGGCAUGCUCGACCAUACCGACUUCAGUGGCUAAACAAUAGUGGAGAAAUCAAGGUGACAAAGCAAGUGUUAGUGGCAUUCUCCAUUGGCAAGUAUGAGGAUGAAGUGUUGUGCGAUGUGGUGCCUAUGCAAGCAUGCCAUGUCCUAUUGGGGAGACCAUGGCAGUACGACCGUCGAGCAACACAUGACGGGUACACCAAUAGGUACUCUUUCAUCAUUAAAAAGCAACCCAUGACACUUGUACCGUUAAGUCCCAAGCAAGUUCUUGAAGAUCAACUCAAGAUACAAAAAAAGAGUGAGAAGUGGGAAAAAUACAACUUCAUUGCAAAAAAAAGUGAGAUCAAGAGAGCUUUAUUAUCACAACAGCCCCUUAUAGUACUUAUGUACAAGGAGGCCCUUUUGAGUACUAACGAACUUGUCGGAUCAUUGCCGAGCAAUGUUGUUUCACUUUUGCAGGAAUUUGAAGAUGUCUUUCCCGAGGAGGUACCACCAGGCUUACCACCAAUUCGAGGAAUUGAGCACCAAAUUGACUUCGUACCAGGUGCAACAAUUCCAAACCGACCAGCCUAUCGAAGUAGUCCCGAGGAGACAAAGGAACUUCAACGGCAGAAGGAUGGGACAUGGAGGAUGUGUGUUGAUUGUCGAGCCAUCAACAAUAUCACGGUAAAGUAUCGUCAUCCUAUUCCUAGACUAGAUGAUAUGUUAGAUGAAUUGCAUGGGUCUUGCGUGUUCUCUAAAAUUGAUCUUAAGAGUGGCUAUCAUCAAAUUAGAAUGAAAGAAGGUGAUGAGUGGAAAACUGCAUUUAAAACAAAAUAUGGCUUGUACGAAUGGUUGGUUAUGCCUUUUGGGCUUACUAAUGCACCUAGUACUUUUAUGAGGCUCAUGAACCAUGUUUUACGUGCAUUCCUUGGUAAAUUUGUAGUUGUGUAUUUUGAUGAUAUUCUAAUUUACAGCAAAAACCUUGAUGAUCACGUUGAACACCUAGCACUUGUUUUAAAGGUUUUAAGGAAAGAAAGGUUGUUUGCUAAUCUUAAGAAAUGUACUUUCUGUACGGACAAACUUGUGUUUCUUGGUUAUGUUGUUAGUGCUAAAGGUAUAGAGGUUGAUGAGGAAAAGGUGAUGGCGAUUCGAGAUUGGCCAACGCCUACAUCGGUAACUCAAGUAAGGAGCUUUCAUGGCCUAGCUGGAUUUUAUAGGCGCUUUGUUCGAGAUUUCAGCAGCAUAGCAGCACCUCUUACAGCAGUUAUCAAAAAGAACGUUCCAUUCAAGUGGGGAGAGGAGCAAGAAAGGGCAUUUCAACUCAUCAAGGAUAAAUUGACGAAUGCACCAUUACUUGUUUUGCCUAACUUCACUAAAAUGUUUGAAAUUGAGUGUGAUGCAUCAGGUAUAGGUAUUGGCGGUGUACUAAUGCAAGAAGGAAGACCAAUUGCAUACUUUAGUGAAAAAUUAAGUGGGGCAGCUUUAAACUAUCCUACAUAUGACAAGGAAUUGUAUGCAUUGGUUCGAACUCUAGAGACGUGGCAGCACUACCUGUGGGCAAAAGAGUUUGUGAUUCAUAGCGAUCAUGAAUCCUUGAAGCAUCUAAAGGGACAAUAUAAAUUGAGCAAGCGUCAUGCCAAGUGGGUGGAAUUCAUCGAAACUUUUCCUUAUGUUAUCAAAUACAAGCAAGGUAAGGAGAACAUAGUUGCUGAUGCAUUGUCACGAAGGUAUGUUUUGCUUUCAACACUUAGUACUAAGUUGCUUGGAUUUGAGUAUAUUAAGGACUUGUAUGCAACUGAUUCUGAUUUUGGUGAUUAUUUUAAAAAUUGCACUAAUGGGGCAUACGGGAAGUUCUAUUUGCAUGAUGGUUUUUUAUUUCGGGAGAACAAGUUAUGUGUGCCACAUUCAUCUUUGCGUGAAUUACUUGUUCGGGAAUCGCAUAGUGGUGGUUUGAUGGGGCACUUUGGGGUGGCUAAGACUUUAGGUGUGUUGCAUGAGCAUUUCUUUUGGCCACGCAUGAAACAUGAUGUAGAGAAAAUUUGUGCAAGAUGCAUUAGUUGCAAGCAAGCCAAAUCUAGGCUUCAACCACAUGGUUUGUACACUCCCCUGCCUAUUCCAAAUGCACCUUGGGUUGAUAUCUCUAUGGAUUUUGUUUUGGGUUUACCUAGGACAAAGAGGGGGAGAGAUUCAGUUUUUGUGGUUGCAUGGCAUGCCAAGGACUAUUGUUUCUGA